UUUGACCCUUCCCCCCCUCAGAUGACAGAUCUCAUCUGCGAGUCACCUUUCUCCUUCGGCUCUUCCCUUGACAUUGUCCUUUGAAUAUCAUCUGUAGCAAGAAAUAAAAAUGUGAGCAUCCAAAUCUCAAAUAGUUUUCCGAUUCCCUUCGAAUUAAUUCAUCGUCACUGUUCUCAUGUCGAUGCGUGUUCAGAUCUGAGGUAUCGAAAUUUGUAGCGGAUUCGUCGGAUACUGAUACGGAUCAGGCAUGGAAGACGAGAAGAAGAAGAAGAGAAAUAAGAAGAAGAAGAAGCAGCAGACUAAACCCGCCGCAGAAUCCGUCACCACCUCCACGGAUCUCAAUCAUGUCGACGGCGACACACGCAUUGCUCAAAAUGACAUCGUCCCUGUUUCUGAUCACUCACAAGCGGCUGAAACUGAUGCCGAGAAAGACAAGUCACUGAUCGAUGAGUCUAGUGUAGAAGAUAAAAUCAAACUACUGCAGGAACAGACUGCUUCUUGCAUGCCGAAAGAGGCGGUGCUAGAAGAAACAAUCAAGCAGUUACGUGAUGAAAACGACUCCCACCUGCAGAAAGAGGCUGUUCUGGAAGAAACUAUUAGACGCUUGAAAAGUGAGAAUGAAGCGCACAUGCAGAAAGAGUUUAGUCUGGAGAACAAGAUGAAGCAACUGCUGGAUGAGAUAUCUACAUUUACCCAGAAAGAGGUGAGCUUCGAGGAGACGCUUAGACAUCUUGAACAGGAUAGAGGAUCAUGGUUGGUUAUGGAGAGAUCAUCCAAAGAAACAAUAUCUAGCCUGAAUGAUGAAAUUACACGACUGCGAGAACAGGUUCUUGAUUUGGAAGAAUCUAGGAGCAAUCUUUUAGUCCAGAACAACAGUCUGAUGGGAACUGUAACCAAUCUUCAGGAUCAGAUUCAAAAUUAUGAGAGGAACGUACCCCUCGCCAACACACAAGAUGAACUUAAAAAGAAUGCUUCAGAGGAGGAACUAAACUCGCAGAUCGAAGCAGCAUGUACACUUGUUGAGAAGCUCAUCACCGAAAAUGCAGAACUUGUCGAGAAGGUGAAUGAGUUGUGCAUUAAGCUGAAUCAACAGAGAACGCUGCACAGAGUUUCUUCAUCCGACGGAAGUGAUUCACUGCCUGUAGCCACCGAGACUACAAAGGUCAGAGAAGACCGGUUCAGUGCAUCAUCCACCCAAGGCAGCCUCCCUGUUAAACCUGAGUGCUUAGAAGAAAUACCCAUACAUGACGAGGCGAUUCACAGUAGGAGCAAUGGCGACAAUACGCAGGUAGAGCCUGCAAUGGUGAACACGAAAUCCCCAUUAGAUGAAACGGAAGAAACAGUGCCGGUUUCUAUGAAUCCCGAGGGAGACGUAGAUGUGGAGGCGCAAGUGGUAGAGCAGGAAGAACCUUUGCCUAUAACCGAUGCUCCGCUGAUCGGUGCUCCCUUUCGGCUCGUCUCUUUCGUUGCGAGGUACGUUAGCGGGGCUGACUUGGUGGAGAAUAAUAAGACCUUGUUAUCUCGAUAUUAGUCUUUUGGACAUUAUCCGUAUACUUACUAAUACACAAUUGAGCAACAGAGAGAGAGAAUAUCCAGCAGUUAGGUUAUUUAUCUGUUUCUGCCCGGAGACCAGGUUCUUGACUGGGACAGUUUCCGACACUGAAAGAUCUUGUUUAACUUGAUAUUUACAGGACAUUCAGUUUUGUUUAUUA